CGGCAAGAAUUAUCGAAUUUUAAGCGCCCUUGCGGAUGCCCACAGCCAUAAACAACAGCUGGAACCCUCCCUAAAAUACUAACGAGCAGUCGAGCACCAGAUCUCACCACGACUCCUCCCCUCUCUUCCUCUCGACUUCUCCGAUCAUACCUCUCGGAUCUCUCCUGAUCCCAAAACCCAACGAAUCCAUUUUCCCAAAAAUUUGGAUUCUUUUGUUCCCUCCCAAUUAUUAUCAAAAUCCUGUAGCCUUUCCGUCUUCGUGAUCCAAAAAACGAAGAAAAACCUAAUCUUUUAAGCUCAAUCCUUCACCAAUGCCGGCUUCCAGACUAUUACUCAGCCUCACUCUCCUCCUCCUCCUCCUCUUUCAAUCUCUCUUCCUCUUGGCCAUCUCUUCGUCAUCCCCAAUCGACGACGGCAACGACGAUUCGGAGGGCCUCGAGGAGCUGCUGGCGAUCGACGAGGAGGAGGAGGGGCAGAAGGACGACGGUCCGGCUGACCAAGGGAAGCCGUCGGAGGCCGAGGUCUUGCGUCGGGCCCAAAGGAUCGUUCUUGAGCUCAGCAACGAGAACGCCAAGAAGGUGAUCGACGGGAAUGAGCUUGUUCUGGUUCUCGGAUACGCUCCCUGGUGCCGGAGGAGUGCUGAGCUGAUGCCGCGCUUUGCUGAGGCUGCGUUGACCCUUAAGGAGAUGAGCAGCCCUCUCCUCUUGGCGAAGCUUGACGCCGAGCGGCACACCAAGGCUGCGUCGCUUCUUGGCAUUAAGGGAUUUCCGACGGUGCUUCUCUUUCUGAAUGGGAGCUCACAGGCUUAUACUGGUGGAUUUACAGCGGAGGAGAUUGUAGUCUGGGCAAGGAAGAAGACUGGUGUGCCAGUUAUUAGAUUAUCCUCUACAAAUGCAGCGGAAGAGUACCACCAUAAACACCAGACAUUCAUCUUAGGUCUCUUUGAAAACUACGAGGGAACUGAGUAUGAAGAAUUUGUGAAAGCAGCAACAACUGAUAAUGAAAUCCAGUUUGUUGAGACUAAUGAUAUCAGUGUAGCCAAAGUUCUUUUUCCAGAUAUCAAACCUAAGAAGAAUUUCCUUGGCCUAGUCAAAAGUGAACCUGAGAGGUUUGAGAAAUUUGAGGAAAAUUUUGUAGAAGAAAAAAUUUUACAGUUUGCAGAGUAUAAUAAGUUCCCUUUAGUUACUGUAUUGAGCGAACUAAAUUCUGCCAGAGUCUACUCCAGCCCUAUUAAGCUCCAGGUUUUUAUCUUUGCAAAGGCUGAUGACAUUGAGCACCUUCAGUUGCUUCUUAAAAAUGUUGCAAGAAAAUACAAAACAAAGAUAAUGUUUGUACUUGUGGACUCAGCUGAGGAUAACCUUGCAAAACCAUUUCUUACUUUAUUUGGGAUUGAAUCAGAAAAGCAAGUUGUGACCGCUUUUGAUAAUAGAAAUGGCUUCAAGUAUUUGUUGGAGUCAGAUCUUACACAGAGUAACUUAGAAGUAUGUCGUAUGUCUUGCUCCACAUGGUUUUUUGCUUUUUUCUCUUUUUUCCUGAACCUUCAUUGUUUGAUUCAUGGAAAUGGGAAUCUUUGUACCUCUUUGCAGGAAUUUUGCUCAGGGCUGCUACAUGGUACUCUCUCACCAUACUUCAAAUCAGAACCAAAACCAGAUGAAGGGGGAUUGAUUGAAAAGGUCGUUGGAAGGACAUUUGAUGCUUCUGUGCUGGACAGUGCUGAAAAUGUUUUUCUUGAGGUGUACACACCCUGGUGCAUUGACUGUGAGGCUACAACUAAACAGAUUGAGAAACUGGCUAAGCUCUUAAAAGGGAUGAACAAUCUAAAAUUUGCCAGAAUAGAUGCUUCCUUGAAUGAACAUCCAAAACUUCAGGUGAACAACUACCCAACACUCUUAUUUUAUCCUGCUGGAGACAAAUCAAAUCCGGUCAAAGUCUCCAAGAAAUCAGGCUUGAAGGAAUUGGCAGCCUUUAUCAAAGAGCAUAUGAGAUCACAGGAUGACAGAGCUAUCCCAAGUAGUGACCAAACAAAGGAUGAACUAUGAAAGAUCACUCAUAUCAUUUGAGCUUCCUUAUAUAGGUUGAUGAUCGAGUGUAGAACAAUUGUUUUAGGUGUUCUAGCACAGGGACUGACUAGAAGAUGAAUCAGCAUGUAACCCCCGAGUUCGUUGUGUCAUCUCCUUUGUUGUGCAUCGUUGGCAAAUUUGAAAAUGACGGUACUUGGUGGAGGUUACACUGAUUUACAGUUCAUGCAAAGAUAGUAAAUAUAAGCUGGUGUGAAAGUUGAACCAUUCACACACAUGUCAAUUGCUAA